AAACAAAAUAAAAGCCUCUGAUUGGGUUGGCCUAAGACCUCUCCAAUCAAGGAAAGAGUUGAGGGUCCAAUCCGUGACAGGGAGGGUUGAACCCAGCAAUACCUAAAGGGUUCAAUCUUGACCAAAACAAAACAAAACAAAAAAAAAAAAAAAAGUACUAAAUAAGAAAUUGAUAUAAUAUCCGUAGCUAAGAUAAUGGCCGGGUUUAAUAUCAAUUGUUUUUGCAUGUUUCUGGUUACUUUCGCCAUAAUACUCCCCAGCAUCUCGGGUCACAUCGCUGAGUGGGACGAGGUAUGGCAGCAGCGUAAAAUAGAAGCCUGGGAGCACGCCCUCAAAACAUUCGAGCCCGAUCCUUCUAAUGUUAGUGCUGCAUUCAACGACGAAGUUCAUAAGACAUUGUUGGAAUCCAAGAAUGAACCAGACAGAAAGAAGUUCGUUAACGGAUCAGAUGACACAAGGAGGCAGCUAGCGCAUCGUAAGCCUUACAAUGGACCGUGUAAUGCCACAAAUCCUAUCGACCGUUGCUGGCGUUGCCAGCCCAACUGGGCUAACAAUCGGAGGAGAUUGGCCGAUUGCGGAAUGGGGUUUGGGCGUAAAGCCAUAGGCGGCAAGCACGGCGUUUUGUACGUGGUUAAUGACCACUCUGAUGAUCCUUCGAAUCCCAAACCUGGAACUCUCCGACAUGCGGUCAUCCAAAAGAAACCUUUGUGGAUAAUCUUUUCACGAGACAUGAACAUCAGGCUUAACCAAGAGCUGAUAAUGCAAAGCGACAAGACCAUCGAUGGGCGUGGGUUCCAAGUUCACGUCAGUGGUGGGGCCGGGAUCACCCUCCAAUUUAUCAAGAACGUCAUCAUCCAUGGCAUACGUGUCCACGACAUCGUCCAAGGUAGCGGUGGCAUGAUCAGAGACGGCGUUGACCACUAUGGACUGCGAACCAGGAGCGACGGAGACGGUAUUUCCAUCUUUGGUUCUUCGGAUGUUUGGGUAGAUCAUGUGUCCAUGAGGAACUGUUACGACGGCUUAAUUGACGCCAUUGAAGCAUCCACCGCCAUCACUAUUUCAAAUGGCCACUUCACCGACCACAAUGAUGUGAUGUUGUUUGGUGCAAAUGAUUUUUCCCCAAAAGACAAGAUCAUGCAAAUCACCAUUGCUUUCAACCACUUCGGGAAGAGAUUGGUUCAGAGGAUGCCCAGAUGUCGGUUCGGAUACAUCCAUGUGGUCAACAAUGAUUACACACAUUGGAACAUGUAUGCCAUUGGAGGUAGUUCUGACCCCACUAUCAUUAGUCAAGGCAACAGGUUCAUCGCUCCUCCAGACAUUCACAAAAAAGAGAUAACUCACAGAGUGAAGGGGACUCCACAGGAAUGGAUGCAGUGGACAUGGAGAUCACAGGGAGAUAUAUACAUGUCUGGAGCUUUCUUUGUUCAGUCUGGGGAUCCAAAUUUCAUGUCAAAGCACCAUCAAUUGUAUGAUGGUAUACAGCCAUUUAAAGCGGAGGAUGUGACUUGGCUUACUAGGUUUGCAGGGGCACUAAAUUGCAGGAUAGGAUCACCCUGUUAGAUAUGAUCGAUUAUAUACUCUUUUGAAUUGUUUUGUCCCUACUACAUUUAUUAAUUAUUAUUAAUUAUAUAUAUUAUACUGUUGAGAUAUC